AUGGUAACAUCCAAAGAGUGGACAACCACAACUUAUUCCAAAGAUGUCAAGGCAAAGCAAUUUGUGGAACAAGUCUUAGACUCAAGAUUUUGGUCUAAAUGUGCUGACAUAGUGAAAAUUACAGAACCUCUUGUACGUGUGUUGCGCAUUGUUGAUAGUGAAGAUAAACCGGCUAUGGGAUAUCUCUACCGAGCUAUGUAUAAAGCAAGAGAGGAGAUUGAGAAGAGAUUCAAUCCAGAAUAUGAAAAAAACAAGUCCACCACUGAAGGCCUUUUGGAUGUCAUUGAAAAGUAUGCUUAUGAUAGCAAGGACUUGCGAUCUAAAUUAACUGCUGAGAUGACUUCAUUCAAAAAUUGUGAAGAUCAAUGGUGGGAUACUUAUGGAACCGAAGCGCCUAAUUUGCAAAAACUGGCUAUUCGAAAUUUGAGUCAAACUUGUAGUGCAUCUGGUUGUGAGCGAAAUUGGAGUGUGUUUGAACACAUUCAUUCAAAAAAGAGAAAUAGGACCAAGAAGAAACAAAAUUAUGACCCUAUCAAUUUUGAAACACUUGGUGAUCAUUCUAAUUGGGUGUUGGAGGAUUCACCACCAUUCUUGACCAUUGAGGAGGUGGAAGCACUACGCAAAGAUCUUGCUAGUAUGACAAUCCAACCUAUUUCAAAUGAUAUUGAUGAAUUAAAUUUGGAUGAAGUUGAUGUUGAGGGAGAUGCACCACUUAACUCCGGAGAAAACAACCAAAAUAAUGAUAUCAUUGAUGGGGAAGAUGUUGCAAAUGCGAUUGAUUUUGUGGGAGAUGAUUUUGAUAUUGAAGGAGAUCCAAACAUUGAGAUAAUUUUACCUCCUUGGAACUAA